AGGAGGAGGAGGUGGGCGGGUCACCGAGGAGCCUGAGGAAGAGGGCGGCGGCGUUCGUGGUGACUGAACGGAGCCCGGUGACAGGAUGUUGGUGUUGGUGUUAGGAGAUCUGCAUAUUCCACAUCGGUGCAACAGCCUACCGGCUAAAUUCAAAAAACUCCUGGUGCCGGGAAAGAUCCAGCACAUUCUUUGCACUGGAAACCUUUGCACCAAGGAGAGCUAUGACUAUCUCAAGACUCUGGCUGGCGACGUCCACAUCGUGAGAGGAGACUUCGAUGAGAAUCUGAGUUAUCCAGAACAGAAGGUUGUUACUGUGGGACAAUUCAAGAUCGGUCUGAUCCACGGACACCAAGUUAUCCCAUGGGGAGACAUGGCUAGCUUAGCACUGCUGCAGAGGCAGUUUGACGUGGACAUCCUUAUCUCAGGACAUACUCACAAAUUUGAAGCAUUUGAGCAUGAAAACAAAUUCUACAUUAACCCAGGUUCUGCCACUGGGGCAUAUAAUGCCUUAGAAACAAAUAUUAUUCCGUCAUUUGUGCUGAUGGAUAUCCAGGCUUCUACAGUUGUCACUUAUGUUUAUCAGCUAAUUGGAGAUGAUGUGAAAGUAGAACGAAUUGAAUACAAAAAAUCUUAAAACCAGGCCUGUCUUGAUCAUUUUCUCUUUUGUUUUUCCUUUCCUUGUUCAAAUCAAAUAAUUAAACACAAGAGGCACACAGUUGUAUCACCUUUGUAAUAUUUUGCACUAAAAAUCUUCUCUGUUAAUACAUAAUUGCUCUAAGCUUCUUGUAAACUAAUAAAAAUAUAUUUAGUUUUCAGUAUAUGGUUUCUAUUGGAAGAGGUCCGCCACACAAUACAGGACCAUGUUAGGAAGUUCACCUUUGUAAAUAUCUACCUAGUUGGAAUUUGGGCUUCAUUACAAAACUAGUGCAUGAAGACAAAGAAUUCGGACUUUGUAUAUGUUUUCUUUUCUCUGGUAAUAAAUGUUUACCUUCCAUUUA